AACUUAGACGUUCAAAUUUCAAAGAUUAAACGAAUCGUUGCUCAGUUGUACUUUUGUGAUGUUAAUAUUAAAAACAGAAUUCUAUCAGGAUUAAAGAGAAAUAAAGUGAGAUAAACUUAGAAUUUGUUAUCUGAAAAAAUACUAUUGUUUGUUUUUGAUACCGUGUUGCUGUAAAUAUCUCAAACAUGGCUCAACCUUUUACCUAUGACAAGUUUAUUGAGAUGUGGAAUACAAUGUUUCCUGCGAAUACUAUAACAGCUAACAAUUUGAAACAACCUCAAUCUCUUGUUAACUGUAUCUUAUUAAUGUUUCAAAGAUUAGAUAUUGAUUCAGAAGUACUGGUAAAGCUACCUCCAGAAGAAGAGAGAACUGAAAACACGAUUUAUUAUUGGGAUCUAAUACCAAUAAUAAAUAUAAUAAAGAUAAUUAACUAUAUUAAGCCUCAGACAUUGCAAACUGAUGUCACCUUAUUAGCUCUUUUGCAACCGACACCACAAACAUCAUAUGCAAUACUUAUAUACCUUUUUAAUUAUAUGUUAUUUAUUGAGCAACAGAUGGAUACAUUACAGCCAUAUGAAGAUGAAAUUUUAGGGAAUCAAGAAAAGAUUUCACGCUUGGAGGAUUAUAGAAAUGAAGUUAUACAGAGUCUUAACAAUCAUGCUAUGGAGAAGGGAGAAAGAGAGCAGAGAAUGCAAAAGAUGGAAAAAGAAAUAGUGGCUUUAGAAGACGAAUUAAGAAGAGAAAAGGCGGCUCUCAACUCUGAGAGCAUUGAACUCCAGCCAAUAUUACAGAAAAACCAGAAAGAGAAGAAAUUAGUUGAACAUCUAACAUCUCAGAGAGAUGCCUUAGUUGUCGAUAUAAAAAAAUGCAAAGCACAGUUAGUACUCGAUGCCGACGAUAUUAAGGAGCAAGAUAAAAAGAUGGCUCAAGAAAUGGCAGACACUGAGAAAUUAUGUAAUACACAGACGGAAGCACUCACCCAAAAAGAAAACAGACUGAUGAAUUUGCAGACAAUCAAACAGAUAUUUGAAACUGCAAAUGAGUGCUUGCAAGAGAUUAUGGUCAUUGUGGAGAGCUUGAGGGAAUCUGAAAAGAGUGAAACAGAUAGCGAAGAAGGAGAACUGAAGAUGUUAAGCACAGAAUUGUCAGAACUGAUGUCUCAGCUCUCCGAGAUAUCUGUGGCAAGGAGCGAUGCGAAGAACAAGAGACAAAACGAUCACGAAAUGAGGCAACAGAACAAGGCUUUCAUGGAGAGGGAAGUGCAUGAGCUCAAUAAGAGAACAAAAGAAUGGAAGGAGAAGGCACAAAAAGAGAUGUUGCAGUUUAAGAAGAUAGAAGAGGAUAUGACAAACGAGAAACAGAAUGAAUCCUUAUAUCAGCAAGAACCGGCUAACAUCAAAGAGCAGUUAAUAAAACAAAUCACAUCACUUUCUGAAGAAUUGUUGGAGGCAUUGAAGACAUUUGGAGUUGAAAUCAAAUCUAAGUUUACAUGAA